AUGCAAAGCCUCGCGUUAUAUCGCGAGAUUGGGCACGGCCACUGUGGCAGUGUCUGGAUCCAGGAAGAAGAGGGGACGGUUGUUAUCAAGCGGGAAGAUGGUGGCCCAGGUCGAUCAAUUCAGAAGGACGCAGAAAUGCAUCAACGCAUCGAGAAAAGUCUGACUGUCGCGGCCAUAUUGCAUCUGAAUAUCCCUGCGCACUACCGACUCAUCGACGCCACAGACGUUGAAUUCUGGAACAAAACACUACCUAGAUUCCCUCAUGACACAACACACCAUUACGAGCCCUGUGCGGCGCUUGUUAGUGAACGAAUCCAACCGUUUUCGAAGGCCUACCGCGAAAACCUGAUCGACACAUAUUGCGUGGAGGGGGUCAGAUCCAAAAUCAAAUGCAGCAAGUCGGACGAAGAUUGCUUGAUCCGCCCAUAUCUUGGCCGACGGAGUCACAACCAACGACCGUCACGCUUCUUCACCCUUCGAAAUCGACCAUUCAACUUGGACCAGAUGGAAGGGAUCGGUUUACCCACCCACGAAUACGCCAAGACGAUGGCACACGCCCUCGCAACGAUUUACUGGGAUGCAAAAAUUGAUGCCAAUGACGUCGAGUUUGUCCUCGCACCAGCCGGAACACACCCAGGCUCCAAGACGUGGUCAUCAAACUUGUUAGGCGAACACGCCACGUGGAUACUGGACUUCGAUUGCUGCAACUCGAUAUCGUUGGAUGAAGCUGGCAUCAACCAAGCAGCCACCGCAUUCUACAAAAACGACCCUUUCUACCCACGCCCAGCGAGCGACAACGAGGCAGCAAUCGCAUUGUGGGGGAUUUUCAAGUCACAUUUCAUCGAAAGCAGCAAGCCCAUAUUAGGACCGGACAGCACACUUCCACUGAUGAUGAUAGAAAGGCUCGAGCGAAUGGGAGAAGAAAGAAGGGAGACGGUCAGGAGACUCAACCCUGAAAGCUGA